AUGGGCGAUGACGUGGGUGCCACUCAGAUGGAGUUGAGCCUGGGGACCCAGGAUAUACGAGACGUGUUUGACGACCAUGACGUGGACCAGGACGGGCAGGACGAGCAGGGUGCCGAGAACGCGGGAGAGGACGAGGAAGGACCGGAAACCGAGAACCUGACUGCCACGGUAGAGGCCCCUAUUGCGUCGGGCGGGGCUGAGCAGCCGGGUGGCGAGCAGCCGGGUUCGGAGGAGCCGGGUGGCGAGCAGCCGGGUUCGGAGGAGGCGGGUGGCGAGCAGCGGGGCGGCGAGGCGGAAGAGUUGUUUGACGAAGAGGAAGAGGAGGAGGAGCCGGAGGAAGAGGAGGAGGGGCCGGAGGAGGAAGAGGGGCCGGAGGAGGAAGAGGGGCCGGUGGUCGCUGAUGAGUACGUGCAGUCUGCGGAGGAGGAGGUGGUGCGUAUCCCAUUAGUGGCGGCGCCGGGUGCUCCAGGUUUGGAAGAUCGUUUGAUGCUAGUAGGGCUUCCGACAUCGGUGGCAGUGGAUGCGGAGCCGUUUGAUUUUGCACAGUGUCGGGAGUACGAGCAGGAUCAAGUGGCUCGCAAAAAUGCGGCGGGACUCGCGGAGCUUAAGUCGACGUUGGUGGGUAAGGAUACGUUGCGCAUGAAGGUCGUGGACAACAAGGUGCAUUCAACCUUCAAAUAUGUGGAGUUCAGCGAUGGCUCUUCUGCAUUCGUUAGCGGACUUGGCAACGUCUACUGCCAACUAGGAUCAAGCACUGACUUUAAUGCAGCACUACUCGAGGUCAGCCAGCUACCCGUCAUGCGGGUACAUGGCAAUCUCGCCCAACGAAGACUCUACACCAAAGUCCAAACCAAUCAGCUCUUGCAACCCUCACUACUCAAAAGCUCCACUACACGUAUCGCUACCAACACAAAAAAGGCACGCAAAUCUGACGAACAAACAACCCCCUCCGGCACCACCCUCAACGCCCAAUUCCUCGAAGAUGACUGA